ACAAACCAGUUUUAUGGAUUAAACUGAAAAAAGAAAACAAGUUUUUCUGACUUUAAAUUCCGAAACCAUUAUUUGUCUGUAACUAGACUAGAUAUUGAGCUAAUGUGGAAUUAUUUCUCUACAUUUUUUUAAUAGCUGACUUGACAUAGCUGGUUCAGUAGGUCAACUACUCCCAUUCCAUUUUUUUUUUCCUUCUUUCCCAGUGGCUUGAAUUUCCUUAAAAUUUCAGUGACCAAGCCUAUUCUAAAUAUAUUUGAUUCUGUAUUUCUAUAUUUCAGUAGUUUAGUCAGGCCUUCUCACAGAUGGAUGUCUCUCAAAUUAUCUCUAAAAUAUUUUUAUGAAGAAAUGCACUUAUGUGAGUUUGCCUGUCUUGUAUAUUUAAAAUAUGUAUUUUCAUAAGAAACUAAUUUUUCCAGUACCGUUGAGUCUUACCCAAAUGUCAGUUCAGAACUCCUUUUGCAGCUGGGACAUUUGUUUUGUUUGUCUCUCCUCCAAUGUAUUUGGUUAUCGGCUCUCAUGAAGCUUUGUAGUGUUUAUCUCUUCUGCUGUGUAUUUCUGAAUCUACCUGAAGGCAGAUUCAGAAACAGCAGAACAGAAGGUUCAAAAACUGCUGAUAGAAAAAAGUCUGUGUAGAGGUGUGUACACUGUAUUGUUGCAUAAAUAUUUUACUUCUGUUAAAAAGUAGAUUUGAGCUUUCCAAACAAGUUUGUCUUCAAGUCCAUUUAUUUACCUUCUACAGAUUUAAGAGCACUUCAGCAUCUCUAUGGUGUGCUUUCCUCUUUCUCCAGUUGCCUCUCGAAAGCAUCAUGAGGUUUCUAAGUGGUUUUACCAUAUCUUUUGAUGCCUCCGAAGAAGAAACGUACCCACAAGGCCAGGAAGGCAGAGCUGGUAUUCCUUGAGAGGCCGCGAGAGGGACCCGUCCAGUGCUAUGAAACUCGGCUGCCUUCGGCCGAGAAUCCAAGACGUGUUCCUACAAAAUCUGUAGACCAGAGCACUUCUGCUGUCUGGGUGUGCCCACAAUUUGAAACAACUGAGUCAGUGGUGUUGAAAGCAUGUCAGAAGAAGAAGCAUUGUGGUCCUCACAAACCCAAGAAUCAGGACGCCAACCACAGUUUGCUCCAUGCAGGAGAAGCCUGUCGAAGAGCUAUCGUUUGCAAACUUACUCCUUUAACUUUUGAAAAUCCAGAAGGAUAUGCAGUCCAGCCUUUGGAUCAUCUGAAUCACUCCAGGAAGAACACACAGCACAUUCACAGGCAGCCCAAGAAAGGGACAGCAGCAAAAGUCAACAUCCAGGUGAACAGUCUGGAGAACUGUAGAGAAAUAGAGAGACCUUUGUUACGUGCUCCCCAGCCUGUGGAGCCAGGAGUCUUUAGUCCAGCAGAUGUAGACACUCCACAGGUGCCUUCCAUAACGAACUGCAGAUGCAGCAGCACUCUGCCACAAAGAAGUAGCAAUGCCUGGCAUCCAGAAAAAGAGCUGGGAUUCAGUAUUGAUCCCUGUGGGAGAGGGGAGCCAGCAGUACUGAUUACAGAUACUCCCGAGCAUGAGUAUGGAGUAAAGGUUACUUGGAGACAGCGGCCUCAUCUAAUGAAAUACCUGCAGGAGAGAGGGAAGUUGAGUGCUGCUGACAUCAUGGUGAACACCGAGCUCUUGAGGAGACAGGCUAACGUCUGACUUGGUAGGAGCAGUAGUUCUGUUAUCUGCAAAGACGUGUCCAAAUAGACAGUGUUACUUUCAAGGAUGAAGAGGAGAGACGAUUUGAACCGAGCCCUGUGCUAGGGCUAGCUAAUCCUCCUGAGAAACGACGCAGAGCCACCGUAGAGGGUGUUUUCUUGGGGAUGGGGCUAUGCUGCGCCGGGCUUCCCAGGGGAACUGGGUGGCUCUGAAAAGCACUUUUUAAUCUACGUGGCUUCUUGUAGGGGCUGUUACCCCAAGCCCUGAGGAGGCGGAGGGUAGGGAGCAGCAGGGCCUCACCUCAGCCGCCCCAGGGGCGCCCGGCUGCGCGCGCGGGAAGGUGGCUGGUCCGCUCUCCGGCCCGGCACAAGCGGCCCUCGUCCCGCGCGUGCGCGUGGGCUUGUCCCGCCCCGCUGAGGGGCGCCCUGGCCAAUGGGCAGGCUGCAUGCUGCGCCUUCGACCAAUGGCGCCGCGCUUCAGUACCGAGUUCCGUUGCCAAGGGUAGCGGCGAGGCCGGAGCUGGGCGCGGCGGCCGGGGCCCCAUAGCAACGGCGGGGCCGGGGAUGGAGAGCGCGAGGGGCCGAGGUGGCUCCGCCGGCGGCAGGUGAGAAGGGCCCGGCCUGGCGGGGCGGCGGGCGGCCCGGUGCGGCGUUUCCCCGUACGGUUCCGACGGCCGGGCGGUGUUGCGGGUAGGCGGCGUCCCCGGGAGCUGGAGCGACCUGGGCCGGGGCUAAGCAGCGCUCCGCGCGCAGCAGAAGAGGCGCCGCCGGCCGCGCGGCGCCCGGUGUCGGGUUGAGCGGCCGCAGCAGGACCUGGGCGGGCAGGGCUGCGCGCGCCUGUGGGGCGGCCGCGCGCGCGUGGGGCGGCAAGCCGCGGGGCAAGGACCCGCGUCGUAACGUCGCGCUGCCGCCUGCGUGUUGUGGCUGCUCAGCGCCGGUAACAUCCGCUUCCCGCCGGCGUGCAACAGCUGUGUAAAACCCGGCUGUACGUUACGUGCUGAGCUCUUCAACAUUGCACAUGAUGUGUCAUCUAAAUACCUGUAGAUUAAACUGGUUUUGGGAG